AUGGCUGCCACCUCACCUGAUUUUCCACCUCUUAUCUCCCCCUCCGUUCUUGGCCCGUCCCCUGAAGGUUUGUCCUACGCGGCCAACGUCUCUGCUUCUUUGUCUAAACCGGCUCCUUUUCUGGUUUCCUUCUUCUCUCCGGGACAGAAACUAUCUUUCAAAGCUGAUGAUCUUUCGGAAGGAAAGACCAUUUGGACAACCACCCUGACUGGAUACUCGUUGGGACCCCGUCCAUAUUAUGAGCGUUUACUCAAAGCUAUGCAGAAGCUCUGGCAGUUAAAAGGCUCGAUGUCCCUCCUUUCCUUAGCUGAUGGUUUUUUCUUGCUCAAGUUUUCUACUGAGGAAGAUUUGGAGAUGGUUCUCUCUGGAGGGCCAUGGUUUCUGCUGGGAAAACCAUUUAUUCUUCAGCGAUGGUCUCCUAAAUUCAAGCCUAAGCGCGACGAGGAUUCUUCAAUACUGAUAUUGAUUAAAAUCGUUGAUUUCCCUCUGGCUCUUUGGACUCCAACUUGUAUCUCUAAAAUCUCAAGCUAUAUAGGUAUCCUGAUUUCUGUUGAUACUCUAACUGCAAACCGCACUAGAUCAACGUUAGCACGGGUAUGUGUUCUUAUCUCAAAAGACUCUACUUUACGUGAUGAAAUACCGCUUGAAAUUGAUGGCGAAGAUUUAGUUUUAAAAGUUUAUAUGAUUGGAAACCCGAAAUGUGAUGGUUGUGGGUCUUUGAUCCAUCCUUUCUCCCUCUGCCCCAAGAACCCUAACCCAAAACCUGACAUACCUCCUCAUCCACCAAAAAAUAGAGGCCGCAGCACCUCUAGAUCGCAUUCCUAUCGUCCCCACAGGUUACCAUCUAUCCUUUCUCCACCAAAAACCACCAACACUAUCAACUAUCUAAUUCCUUCCUCUGCUCUGUUAACUACUGCUUCUUCUAUGGUUGCUAUGUUGGCUUCUUUGUCUAAUGCAACUCAUUCUCCUAAUAUCCCUGUUUCUGCUAUGUUACAGGAUUCCAAUCCGGUUCAGCCUCUAGCUAACCAGUCAAACCCUGCUUUAUUAAAUACGCUACCCGAACCCCAAUCUUCUCCAGCCAAAACAUCUCUGCUUCCAAACCUAAAUUCCCCGACAGAAGAAUUCUCAUCUUCUGGUAAGACGGCUUCACCCGGUAUUCCACAGCCUCCCAAAAUUCCUCUUCUUAACAAGUUUGCCUCACUGCAAACUGAUGAGCAAAUUCCUUUUGACUCUUCAGAAUCCUUCUCGGAGACUGAAAUCACUUCCUCCUCCAUUGCUGAUGAUGAUCCUAAUCCUAGCCCUCGAACCCAGAAUACCUCAGAUCAUAAUUAUCACAAUACUAGAUAUUCAGUUGACAAAGGCAAAUCUACUUUGAAGUCAAAACCGCCAAAGGGCAAAUCGGCCAAGAAGGCCAAAGGUCAAAAUUCUUAA